AUGUAUCCCGCCAGGCCCCGUCUGCCGGUGCUGGCCCCUCGCCUGCCGGGCAACUCGCCGCCGGUCGUCGAGAGGCCGAGCGUCAAGGAGCAUACGGAGCAGGAGUGGGACGCCCGGAGGGGCCUCAUCCACGCGCUCUACAUUGGCGACAACCGCAAGUUGAAUGAGAUCAUGGCCAUCAUGGAGACCAAGUACGGAUUUGCCGCCACCGAGCAAAUGUACAAGAAGAGAUUCAAGAAGUGGAACAUCAGAAAACGAUCCUACAGAAAAGCAUCUGAUGUAGCCAAGGCUGCCUCGGACUCCUCUACUACCGCCUCUCCUUCUACUACUUCCACUUCUUCUUCUUCAACCGAGGCGGCACAGCAAGGUGCCGACGAUGAUGUGGAAGUGAUCACUAGAACGGAAUUGCCUACAACAACAACAACAGGCCUCGACUUGGUGCCAAUGCCCAAUUUCAGGCCACUGGCAGAUCUGGAACUCAUUCUGAACGGCGUCAUGUCUUGGAGCUCGGUCAAGCUGGAGUCGUAUCGCAUUGCCUCCGAUCCCAUGUCCCAAUAUCUCGCCGCUCCGAAUCAGCCGCCUAUGCAAGAUAGCCGGACAAUGUACCGGACCUUUGAGUUGGUUUUCGAUCUUUGGUCCUAUGGCAAAGGCGAUCUUGCCGGCAUGGCGGCCAGAAAGGGCUUCUACGUCAUGGAGUUUGUUCUCACCGAGGAACAUCCCGACCUACUCUGGCAUAUGCUUGACACGAUAUACGACAUGAUUGACCGAGGCCACCUGCAGCUGCUCGGCAUGUUCCUACGGCAUGCGCUCGUGCUGGCACGAAGGCGCUUCCCCGAAAGCUACCCUCUCAUCCGCAUCCUUCAGCAGCUCUUGGUGUGUGACUAUCAAACUGAAAACGGCCGCCAGUUCAUCUGCUAUCUAUUGCGGCAGGCAUGGUUGCGGAAUGUCGAUCUUCUUGCGGACCACAUCAAGAAGUCGACAUCUCAGGAGUUUUGGCUAUAUGAGCAGCUGAUCUGGGACGGCCGGACGAGACUACGUCGGAAUAACGGGCUAGCCAACAAACGCGAGCUCAUGUACGAAGGCCUCGAGAACCUGGUGCAGCAUGAAGAACAGCCUCUGGAGACUGAUAGCAACCUUGAGAAGCUGAGAGCCGACGCCCUCAUAUUGGAGUUUACACAAAUGGAUCUGGGCGACAGGGAAAAGGCGGAGCAGAUGGCGUUGGACUUGCUGGACACCAACCAGUUCGGAUUGGGACCUCUCUCGGCUGCUCGGUUCCAUGCAUACGCUCGCAAGAUGCUGGCCAGAAUCUUUGAGAGCAAAGAGGAUUGGGAUCAGGUUGAGGAGAAUCUGAAGUCUGCCAUCCACAUGCGAGAGGCAGCGCACGGCACGAGCUCUAACCUGCGGGUCAUCCGAGACAUGUGGGUGCUGGCCGCAUACUAUCAAAAAGUCGGCAAGCUGGAAAACGCGCUGCAGGUCGCCCAAGACGCCAUUACGAGGGCGCAGCAGUAUCUACGCGAUCUUCCACGCUGCGACUAA